CCAACAUCAGAAAUCCUCUGGGCAGCUUGCUAGAAGUACAGAUUUCUGGCAUCCACCCAGACCUAUUGAAUUGGAAUUGUUGGAGAUUGGGACCAAGUUGUUUCUUAUGCACAUUAAAGUCUGAGGAAAAGGGUAAUUUAUCACUUCUGAAUGUGCAGAACAUUGGCAUUCUCCAUGAGAAGAGUCAACAUUGAAUAGUGGGCAACAAUUUUGGCAUCUCUCCAAUUCAUCUCUUAGUGUCCCCUUGUGACUGCUUCAUAAGUAGCAGUUUUGGCUACUUGCUCAUGACACUAUUUUUCUGAUAACAGAGGAAACCUACUGUCUGCCCAUUGGUUUCCAGUACUGCCACUCAAUUCUACUUAGUCUCACUUGAUUUCAGAAGAGCCAAUGGAGAAGUACACAGAAUCACCACCUACCUUGCAAGUAGAGCAUUCCUCCCUUCAGACUGAGAAUCUGAUUCUACAGCCACAAAUACAGCGUCUAAAUGAAGAGGGCUCUGAUCUGAGGGGCCAAGUCAUGCCUACCCUGGCUACCGUGAUGAUGUCUGUACCCCGCUCACUUGAACAUCUCUCUCAGUUUCACCAUGACCCUGCCAACCUCUCAAUAUUUCUUGCACAGUUGACAACUCUCAAGUUCCCCAGUCCUGCAGAUGAUAUCCAAGUCAAGUUCUUUUUUGACUACCUAUCUCAGCAGAUGGAAAGUUGUGGAGUCAUAUUUGGGCCUGACCAGAGCUCUCAGCAGAAACAAUAUGAGAACUUUGUUUUUGCAUUCCAGCAAUCACUUGGUGUGCCUACAAAACAGGAAAUAGACACUCUGAACAAGGAGGACAACUCCUCUCAGAAAGAUGCUUCUACUUUCGAGCACCUUGCUCAAAAUAUGAGCUAUAAUGAAACCAGUCAGAGUGAUCACUUCCAAGAAGGAAUAGCUGACUCCAUCCAGGACGAUUUGAGUGGCACAGAUAUGAUGGAUAACCUUCCAGACCUGAUCACUCAGUGUAUUAAGUUGGACAAGAAACGUAGUGACAGGCCAGAGCUUCUUCAGUCAGAGACACAGCUCCCAGUGUUGGAUUGCAUGAUCCACCAUCAAGCCUUUUCCAUCCCCACAGAUCUGCCACCCAAGGAAGAACCUAUACAGUUGCGUGGAAGCCAGCCACCACUCACUCCGGCCAAAAGAGCCCGCCAGCAAGAAGCUCAGUUGUGCCUCUACUGCAGCCAGGCUGGUCACUUCACAAGAGAUUGCCUUGCCAAACGUUCUCGAGCCCCAGCAAGGAUAAACAACCCAACUCACCAGUAAGAGAGCAGGUCACAUUGUAAACUUAUCUCCCUCUUACCUCCAGCCUUAAAAAUAUAUAUCCUGCACUAACAUUUAAAAUACAGGUGAGGAACUGUGAUACCACUUCAUAGACUGUCAUGAACUCAUGUGCUUUUGGAAAUUUAAAUAACUAGAUUUUGUUCAUUUGGUCACCCAUCACCAAACCAAACCCAACCCAACAAUGAUGAAAACAACUCACAG